CCCUGAUCGUGCGCGACCAGACGGAGCUGCGGCUGUGCGAGCGGUCCGCGCAGCGCACGGCCAGCGUGCUGUGGCCGUGGAUCAACCGCAAUGCCCGCGUGGCUGACCUCGUGCACAUUCUCACGCACCUGCAGCUGCUCCGCGCGCGAGACAUCAUCACAGCCUGGCACCCUCCCCCCCCUCUCCCGCCCCCCAGCACCGCUGCUCGGAGCCCCAGCAGCAUCUCGGAAUCACCCCAGAAGUUGCAAUCCUCGGCGUCCACCCUGGCCUCCCCAGCUGUUCCAGGUUCCCACACCCAUCUGGAAGCUGAACUUCGCUCCAUCCCAAGCCUCAUGUCCCUCCAUCCAGCGUUGCCAUCCACAGCGCCUUCCUCCACCAAGCCACGCCCAGAGAGCCCAGUGUCCCUCCUCCACGGGACCCACCCCCCUCCGUUCUGCUGGCCCCUCUGUGAGAUCUCCCAGGGCACCCAGAAUUUUUCCAAGGAGCUCAAGAUCGGGGAGGGCGGCUUUGGGUGCGUGUACCGGGCGGUGAUGAGGAAGACUGUCUACGCGGUGAAGAGGCUGAAAGAGGACGCCGACCUCGAGUGGAGCGCAGUGAGACAGAGCUUCCUGACCGAGGUGGAACAGCUGUCCAGGUUCCGGCACCCGAACAUCGUGGACUUUGCUGGCUACUGUGCUGAGAGCGGCUUCUACUGCCUCGUCUAUGGCUUCCUGCCCAACGGCUCCCUGGAAGACUGUCUCCACUUCCAGACCCAGGACCGCAGCCCUCUCUCCUGGCCUCAGCGACUGGAUGUCCUCCUGGGUACGGCCCGGGCCGUUCAGUUUCUGCAUCGGCACAGCCCCAGCCUCAUCCACGGAGACAUCAAGAGUUCCAACGUCCUCCUGGAUGAGAGACUGACGCCGAAACUCGGAGACUUCGGCCUGGCCCGUUUCAGCCGCUUCGCGGGGGCCAGCCCUGGCCAGAGCAGCACCGUGGCCCGGACACGGACUGUGCGGGGCACCCUGGCCUACCUGCCCGAGGAGUACAUCAAGACGGGGAGGCUGGCGGUGGACACUGAUACCUUCAGCUUUGGGGUGGUAGUGCUGGAGACCAUGGCUGGCCAGAGGGCUAUGAGGACAUAUGGUGCCAGGACCAAGUAUUUGAAGGACCUGGUGGAGGAGGAAGCCGAGGAGCUCGGGGUGGCCCUGAAAAGCGCCCAGAGCACUGUCCAAGUGGGCGUGGCUGCUGACGCCUGGGCUGCCCCGAUCGCCACCCGGAUCUACCAGAAACACCUGGAUCCCAGGCCUGGGCCGUGCCGGCCGGAGCUGGGCCUAGCCCUGGGCCGACUGGCUUGCUGCUGCCUGCACCGCCGUGCUAAGAAGAGACCCCCCAUGACCCAGGAUCGCCCCUGGGCAGCUCCACGUCGUCGUCGUCGUCGUCAGAACCCCCGCAGAUUAUCAUCAACCCCGCCCGCCAGAAGAUGGUGCACAAGCUGGCGCUGUACGAGGACGGGGUGCUGGACAGCCUGCAGCUCUUGUCGUCCAGCUCUGUCCCAGGCUUGGGCCUGGAGCGCGAGGACAGGCGGGGGCCCGAAGAGAGCGACGAAUUUCAGAGCUGACGGCUCACCUGGGCAGAGCUCCUCAAGCCCGGAAGGCAAAGUUCUCAUGGUUGCAAGUUCUCAUGGCCCACCCUGGCCGUGCAGUGGGGAGACAAGGCGAUGUCCCCCGCUGUUCUACGGGUGCGGCACAGGCUGGGCUAGAGGCCCUGAGAGGGCAGGACGCGCCCGAGGCUGCCGGCAGCGUUUCGGGCCGAGGAGAGCGGGCCCUGGUUCCCCUGCGUGCCGGCAGCCCAGGCCUAGACGCAGCCCUUAGACCGGCCCCGAGGGGAAGCGGCCAUUCUGCACGCAAUUCGAGAAGGGAAGCCCGCGCCGCCGCGGUGCAGUCCGCGGCCGCCCGGGGCACUACACGUGGGCACUACAUGUGGGCUCCACGCCGAAGGCGACGAACCCCAGGCAGGAGGCGGCCUGGGGGAGCAGGGCGGACACAGGAGGGACACAUGUGCCGUGAACAAAUGUGAGGCACAGCUUUAGACGCAAGUCAGGCUCUGUAAGCGGAUGUCCUCUUGAGAGCCUCCGAAAGCGGCCAGGCCUUGGUCGUGCAGGCCAAGGCGUCCUGCGGUAAUAAAAGCGAACAUGUUGGUUUC